AGGGGUUCCCAAAUUUCCCGUCAUCUUGGUUGAUCACUGUGGGCCGAGGAGGGGGAGUACUUUCUUUUCCCGAACAAUUGUACCUGAUAGGGCCCGCUCUAGCCAUAAUCCGAGAGGAAAUUUUCUGGAUUGUGCUCCAUGGAAGUGCAUUUUGUUAUCAUCAAUCCGUUCAUGCUCCAUAUCUCCCCCAACCGGCUUAGGACAAUAAUUAAUUUGAGCCCAUUAUCAAGCCGAAGAUGGUCACAAAGGCUUUGCGACAGCGAGCUGUCGCGGAGACCAAAGACGAACGUCAACGCAAGCCGGCAAAUGAUAUCGUAUCGAUAUUCGACAAAGUUGCUCAACGCCAGCCCAAUGAUAUCGCCCUGGUGUCUCUUCACCAGAAAGACCAUCUUGGCGUCGGUGCCAUACGCUGGACUUAUUCGCAGCUCCGCGAUGGCAGUAUCCGCCUGGCGCAUAGGCUCGCAGCUGCAGGCAUGCGAAAGGGGAGCCGCAUCGCUACCUUCUUGUAUAAUGAAAUAGAAUGGGCUCUCCUAUUCCUUGCCAGUGCACGCUUGGGAGGUCAUUUUAUCCCCUUGGAUCCUCGAUUGCUCAAAACCCCGUCCGAUGCAGUCUAUCUGCUGAGAAAGGUCUGGGCGGAGGGAAUCUUUGUAUCUAAUCUCGGCAUGGCCGAAUCAAUGGAGAAGAUACUCGACAAAGAACUGAUGCCCCAGAUGCGAUUAAAGGGCAUUGUCGCGCCCGUAAUGGCCGGGCGCCAACCAGAGGCCAUGCCGCGCGGUUGGAGGACUUUAUCUGCAAUCAUGAAUGAUCCUGAUCCAUUCGGGAUAGUGUUGUAUGAACUGAAUCGCGAUGAUACAAUCCUUAUGCUGGGAACUAGUGGCACCACGUCUCGCCCGAAGAUCUGCCCUCAUACAUCUGUUACCAUCGUGACCCCAGCGCUCGGUCUUGCAGAUCAUUGGUUACUCACCCGUGAGGAUAGUAUCUGCCAGCACUUGCCAUCUUUCCACGUUUUCAACAUUGCUAUGAACCUCGCCUUCUGGGUUGCUGGUGGAACCGUUGUGAUUCCAAGCCCCGAAUUCAACCCUGCUGCAACCUUUGAAGGUCUUACUUCUGGUCCGCGCGUUUGGAUCGCCGCAGUAACGACAAUGAUCCAUGCCAUGCACACAUACUCGACGGUCACCGAAGAGGACCUUGCGUCACCAUACGGAAUUUGUCUCGGAGGAGGGCCGAUUACCCCGCAGGCUCUGCGGGAGUGCAGACUGCUCGGCGCAAGCAAGAUUGUCGCGGGCUAUGGGACGACCGAAGGAGUUGCGACCUUAUAUAAUGUUAUGGAUGUGAAUGAUCCGCGAGUGACGGAUGUACAAGACGGCGAUGAGAUAUGUCUGGGAUCUGCUGUGGCCGGGUCUCACCUUCGUAUUUGCGCGCCCGGUAGCAAGACACCCUUACAGCGAACAGAAAUUGGUGAGCUCCACCAGGGAGGAUACCCCAUCUUCGACGGGUAUUACCAAGGCAGCGAAGAGGAUAAUGCAGCUUGUUACAAGGAGGGAACAGUGCCUUGGUUUGCGACGGGAGACCGGGGGUACAUGGACGAUGACGGCAAUAUCUAUCUCUUGGGAAGAUUCAAGGACCUGAUCAUUCGUGCCGGAGAGAAUAUCUCCCCAUUGAAGAUGGAGCAAUGUAUUUCUGCCCAGCCGGGUGUUGCAAGUGUCGUCGUGGUGGGAGCGCCCGAUGACAUUGUGGGCGAAGUGCCAGUGGCCGUCAUCGAGACAUUUCAUCAACAAGAUCGAAGCUUUUACCAGGGGCUCCAAUCUGCGGUGGUUCGAGCGAUGGGUCAAUCAUUUGCGCCCAAGUUAAUACUCCACCUCCAACGUGAUCUUGGCCGCGAGAAAUAUCCCACUACCACCUCAGGCAAGAUUAAGAAGAACAUCGUCAAGGAAUGGGUGGCAGACCACCUUGAAAGAUCCACUACACAGAUUUUGCCCCGCACACAGUCCCCGAGCAUUUCGGAGUCUACUACCGUUCUCACUACCCCGUCUAUCUCCAAUGCAACCAAGGAUGAUAUCGUCGGGGAACUCACGGCAUGCUGGUCCUCCGUCUCCGGGUUAGGUCACCAUGAAAUCAAGCCAGAUAUGCCCAUUCGCACCUUUACCGACAGCGCCAUGGUGAUCCAAUUCCUUCAAUUGGCCAAGAAGAAGGGAUGGAAGCUCACACUGAAGGAGCUAUUGACCGCCAACACCAUUGAAAAACAAGCCGAGAUGCUCAGUGGGACUCAAUUCCCUCGCCCAAUACUUCCGGUGCCGGCUGAAUCAAAGAGUACAACGUCAAUGGCUAUCAAGAAAAAGAAGGUAGCCGGCCACUUGGGAUUACACGUGGAUGAUAUCGACGAGCUUGUCCCGAUGACUGAUCUCUUCCGCAUGCUUUCGGUCGAUCGGCCCUUCCCGGGAGUCUGGGAUUGUCGUAUCGACUUCUCUGUCCGACGUGAUCUGAGUGCAGACAAGGUCGGGGCCAUUUUGGAAACAUGGAUACGACGACACGAGCUUCUGCGUAGUGUGAUCUCUACUGUUCAGAAUGAGCACCCCGUUUACGCGGUCAUGCAUCCCCAUGAAGCGUGGCUCAGGCAACAGAUCAUCUUUGGCCCGGAGGUUGAUGACCUGCAUGGACUCGCCGACUACCAACCUGAUAAUUUCGUUGAUUCUAGCUAUGGUCCCCUUUGCAAGAUGAUCAUUUUGCCCAUCCGUGACACGGUGCGAUGUGGAAUAAUCAUGCACAUCCAUCAUGUUCUCUUCGACGGAAUGGUGAUGGAACGCUGGAUCCGCGAUCUUAAUCAUCUUUUCGACGGAAAACCCCAGCUGGACUGGUAUCCUUACCGCGAGUUUGCCGCAAACUACGAAGCCUACCGAUCUACAAGCGACGCAGAGGAGGCUAUCCAAUAUUUUGUCAACAAACUAAGCGGUAUUGCCUCCGCAAAGGAUGCGGUUUGGGAUAUCCACCGCGUCUUUCAGAAGCUUGAUAAGAGCUACGUCCCCCCAAAGAACCCCGGUACCAACAUCACCCCUGCGAGAGCCAACCCCGCUACUCUACCAAAGCGGUUUAUCCAAUUGCCCGAACUUCCACAGAUGCGCUCGCGGUUCGGAAUUUCCGCCCCAAUCAUUGCCCUAGCUGCCUGUGCAUUGAUCAAUGUCCGAUACACCGGAGCACAAGAAGCCAUCAUCACCAAUCUCCAGUCGGGCCGAUCAUGGCCUACUGAGGAUGGUCCGGGCAGUGCCAAUAUCUCUGUACUCGAAAUAGCUGGGCCGACACUACAGAACCUCCCCGCACGAAUCCCAGUCGCACCUGAAGACACAGUUCUCGAUCUGCUGAACCGAGUGAGACAGGAACAGGAUGAAAUGAUGCUCCGAGAGCACGUCCCCAUCCAACGAGUUCAUGAACUGGUGUCACAGGGACCCAAUGGAGCUGAAGAUGCUGCCGUCCUCUGGGACCUUCUGACUACCCAGCUCUUUGAUUGGCUGCUGGAGACAUAUAGCCAAGGCACCGAUGAUGCACUGCAGCUGCUCCGCGAUACCAGUCUGUCGCGCACACGCUGGGUGUGGCUCCCACGUCUCUCGGACGGCAAUGUGAUCCAUUGCAACAUCUACCACGCAGAUGCAGACUUGCCCGUGGACAAGACCAACUUUAUUGUGGAGGAGUACCUGUGCGCAGUGGCUUGGCUGGCUGACCCUGCGAAUGUGCAGAAGCCUCUCUCAGAAUGCCGGUUUGAGGGAUAUACAGUCGGAUCUGCUGAUUUCAUUAAGCCAAAUUGACAGAUAUCGUUGCAGGAACAUCCGAAUAUAAUGUCAUAUCCAUGCACUUCAUUUCCUUAACUCUUUCCGAAGGGGGCCUGAAUGAAGGGGGAAAGCCACACUGCCGCGUUUCUAAGGGCUGAGUAAUUGACAGGCUUCAAAAUGUUCUGUAUAGUAAA